AUGCUUUCGAAUGCAAGUCAUAGUGAAUUAUAUGAAAACAAUGAUAGUAAUGAAUUCUUACCUUUCCAAAAAAUUCCUUCAGAUUUUAUGUAUAUAUUAGAAUCUAACGUUUUUAGUCUAGAUAGUAAUAAUAAAAAAAAUACACUUGAUUUAGAAGUAGAUAG